GAGGGAGAGAGUUAGUCAUGUUAUUGCAAAAUACUAAAUUUUUUGAUAUUAUCUGGCCUCACAAUUUUUAAUCAAUAAGAAAACAUGUCUGCAAGCGACGACCAUAUCCUCACGCUUUCCUGCCCGGAUAAGCCUGGCAUUGUCCAUGCUGUUACUGGACUAUUAGCAUCUAACGGCCUCAACAUCCUAAACCUACAACAAUUCUCAGAUCGGGCGUCUAAUAAAUUCUUCAUGAGAGUUCACUUUGGCCAUGCUGCAUCGACGGAGAACUUGAACGCCCCCAUAGCCAAACUUGUAUCGGAAUUGAACAUAGACCAAUAUGACUUGAGACCGGCGAGCAAGAAGCCUAGGGUCUUGAUCAUGGUGUCCAAGAUUGGUCACUGCUUGAACGACUUACUUUUCAGAACUAAGACAAAUCAGCUUGGCGUUGAGAUUCCCCUGAUCGUGUCUAACCACCCAGACUUCAAGCCUCUUGCCGAGAGCUACGGCAUUGAGUUCCACCAUCUCCCUGUGACCAAGGACACGAAGCUAGAGCAGGAACGCCAGAUCCUAGACUUGAUCAGACAGAACAACAUUGAUCUGGUGGUGUUGGCUCGUUAUAUGCAGGUCUUAAGCCCGGGGCUGUGUGAGGCGAUGAGCGGAAAGAUCAUCAAUAUCCACCACAGCUUUCUGCCGUCCUUCAAGGGAGCAAAGCCUUACCAUCAAGCGUUCGACCGCGGAGUUAAGAUCAUUGGCGCCACGGCUCAUUUUGUAACGGCAGACCUAGACGAGGGUCCAAUUAUCGAGCAAAGGGUAGCGCGUGUAGAUCACAGCAUGAGCGCGAAGGAAUUAGUCGAAGAGGGAAGCAACGUCGAGAGUCAAGUUUUGGCGGCGGCUGUGAAAUGGUGGAGCGAGAAGCGGGUAUUUCUAAAUGGACACAAGACUGUUGUCUUCAACUAACAGCAGCGCAACUUACGUCAUAAUAAUUUUGUCGCAAUUGCAUGUUGGAAUAAGAGCAUGUUGAUUUCGAGUAUGUCACCACGUAUCUGUUCAUCAAAAUAAGCGUCAUGAGCCGAGUUUCGUUUAAACUUAGGGUCUUCGAAUUUCUCAAAGUCCAGGUCUUAGCGUGAAACAAUUCUCGAUCAAAAUUAAAUA